AUGGAUAGGCAACAGAGCAAUAGUAAAAAGAAACCAAUACUAAAAAGAGCAGGCUAUCACCUGUUUAGCCUAUCAAAGAGGUUAACAAACAAAGCAAUAUUUAACGAGCCAUUCACCGAUAGAAACUAUACUCCACUUAAAUCGAAAUACGAUAACUACGGUUUCUCAUUGGACGAUAAUCAGUUUGCAUCUGGCAUAGAAGAAUACGAAAAGGAAUUUGAAGUAAAAAAGGAACGUAGACUGAAAAGAUGGGAAUCGGUGCCCAUAUCUGAAAGAUUGUACAAUAUAGAAUCUGACGAAUUUAAGUUAUUGGUUAGAAAAGGAAUCCCAGACCACUUAAGACCACUGCUAUGGAGAAAGUUACUAGGAGCAGACACGCUGGAAGAGUCAAACCCAGGAUUAUACCAAAGAAUGCUGGACAUGCCACUUGCGAAGGAAAUAUCAGAUCAAAUUGAUAUGGAUAUAAACAGGACGUUUCCACAUCACAGAAACUAUAAAGUUAAUUCCUUUGGAACGAUGAUGCUGAGGAAUGUGCUGUCAGCAUUUGCCUGUUACAUGCCGUCGAUAUCAUACUGUCAAAGCCUGAAUUACUUGACAGCAACAUUGCUAAUCUUUAUGAACGAAGAGGAGGCGUUUUGGUGCUUAGUGCAAAUAGUAAAUAGCAGAGUACAUCAAAAGGGAUUCAAUCUAACAGGAUUGUGUUACAUAAAGAUGAAAAUUAGAAAAAAUGAGUUAAUUGACGGUAAUUUAGGCUAUUAUAAGGAUGGAAUGAUAGAUUUGAAGAGGGAUGUGCUGGUGUUGGAGUUUAUACUGAGAAAGAGAAUGAGGAGGUUAUACAAUCAUCUGAAGAAGAACAACAUAGACCUCAUGUGGAUAUGCGCAGAGUGGUUUUUGUGUUUAUUUGCAAUAUCGUUACCGGUGGGUCUAACAUGUAACAGUAACAAUAUUGAUAGUAAUAGCACUAGUAACAAUAUUAGUAGCACUCGUAACAAUAUUAGUGGCAUACGUAACACUAGUAAUAACAAUCAUGUGCAGAUCACCACGGUGUUUCGAGUGUGGGACUCGCUGUUCCUGGAGGGGGACAAGAUACUGUUCAGAGUAGCAUUCUCACUGUUCAAGCUACACGAACAGAAGCUGCUGACGCUGGACUCGGACAAGGACCUGCUGUUAUACUGCAAGUCGAUGAGCAAGAGCGUCUUGCAGCACGACGAGUUUCUUAAAAUCGCAUUCUACCAGCUCUCAUCAUUCAGCAGAAAGGAAAUACACCAGUACAGACUGUACGCAGAUCAUGAAUUGGAAGUAUUCUCACUAGGUCCAUGA